GCGUUUUCUUUCGUUCCAGGGUCUGUUUACUAUAGCAACCGAAGCGGAUCAAGCGGGAAGAGUGGACACAUUUGUUAAAUGGCCGAAAACUGGCUUCUUUUGGAGCAUCAGACAGUGAAAUAUGAAUGUUGAUAUGCAGGCUGAGCUGGACUCGGUAGAGGCCGAGCUGGAGUCGGUCGAGCAGCAGAUUGCAGAGCUCCUGCAGAAGAAAACCGAGCUCACUUCUCGGAAGCAUGCCCUGCUGCAGCAGCUGGAGGAGGCCUGUGACGCUGCACAGCCAUUGUCCUCUUCUUACUCAAAGUCAUCUGGAACCAAGCCAGUGAUGAGCAAGCAGGAGAUGCAGCGAUAUGAUGGCACAGAUUUUCCAUGGUCCAGCAAAGUGGAGCAGCACCUGAAGGACUCGUUCCAUCUCUCAAACUUCAGACCUUUGCAGCUGAGAGCCAUCAACCUGACCCUGUCAGGCAGGGACCUGUUCUUGGUCAUGCCAACAGGGAGAGGGAAAAGUCUCUGCUAUCAGCUUCCUGCAGUCUGCUCUAAUGGUUUUACACUGGUCAUAACUCCCUUGAUAUCCCUGAUGGAGGACCAGUUGAUAUACCUGAAAAGCAUUGAUGUGUCAGCAGUCAUGCUCAAUGCAUCCAGUAGCAAGGAGCACGCUAAGAUGGUCAUGGCUGGAAUGACAGAUCCAAAGUCCCCCUUCAAGCUGGUGUAUGUGACUCCAGAGAAAAUUGCCAAGAGCAAGCUGCUAAUGUCUCGCCUGGAGAAAGCCUACAAAGCAAACCUUCUGAGUCGUAUUGCUGUGGAUGAAGUUCACUGUUGCAGCCAGUGGGGUCAUGACUUCAGACCAGAUUAUAAGCUGCUGGGCAUCCUGAAGAGGCAGUUCACCAAAGUCCCCCUCCUUGGCCUCACAGCCACAGCAACCAGCAGCGUCCUCAAGGACUGUGAGAAGAUCCUGUGUGUGCCACAGGCAGUCACACUUACUGCUCCCUUCAAUCGAACUAAUCUCUAUUAUGAGGUUCGUAUUAAGGAUUCUGAUACAGCACUAAAUGACAUCAUUUCUCUGAUCAAGAGCAGAUACAAGGACCAGUCAGGAAUUGUGUAUGUGUUCUCUCAGAAGGAUGCAGAGUUGAUCUCAACAGAAUUACAGAAGAGGGACAUCCUAGCAUAUCCCUACCAUGCAAACAUGGACCCAGAGGAUAAGUCCCGGGUUCACCGCAAAUGGACCUCCAACAAAAUCCAGGUGGUGGUAGCCACUGUGGCGUUUGGCAUGGGCAUUGACAAGCCUGACGUCAGGUUUGUCAUCCAUCACACCAUAAGCAAGUCCAUUGAGAACUACUAUCAGGAAAGUGGACGUGCAGGUCGAGAUGACUGUCCAGCAGACUGCAUUGUGUAUUUUGGCUUUGCUGAUAUCUUCAGAAUCAGCACCAUGGUGGUGAUGGAGAACGUUGGUCAGCAGAAACUGCUGCAGAUGGUGGAGUACUGCCAGAAUAUUGACAGGUGUCGGCGCUCUCUCAUGGCAGCUCACUUUGAUGAGGUGUGGGAUGACGAAGGAUGCAACCAGAUGUGUGAUACUUGCCGUCAUGCAAAAGACUCCACCACUGUGGACAUUACCCAACACGCCAGGCAAGUGAUACAGAUUGUAGAGCUGGCAGCCUCCAUGGAUGAGAAACUGACCCCACUGAAGCUGGUGGAGGCGUGGAUGGGGAAAGGCUCUGCGAAGCGCAGGAAGAUGAUUCAGACCACCACGCUGUCUCGACCACAGGUCGAAGCUGUGAUUGUUCACCUGCUCCUGCGGGGAUACCUCAGAGAGGAUUUCAGCUUCACUCCUUACACCACCUACUUCUACAUGAAGCUGGGCCACAAAGCUCCUCUGCUGAAGAGCCAGACUCACACACUGAGCAUGAAGAUGAGAGAUGCACAGCCUGGAGCUGCUGUGGACACCCCAGCUGUUAAAGUCAACAAAGAGGUCAUUAUGACCUCUGACAUGGAGAACAGCUGUUCCCCACAACCUACACAGAAAAUCUUUAAAGAAAAGAGGAACCUGUCCAGAAAACAAGACCUGAAGCCAACCAGCCAGACAAACAAACAGAUGGAGAGAGCAGACAGAUGUGGAGAGAUGGAGGAGGAGAGUAUCACAUUCCAACAUAUGAUUGAGGUGGAUGUUGAAAUUAACAGUGUACAUAAUGUAGGAAUUAGUGAUGUUCAGAAAACACCAUUAAAUUCAGUUAAACCUUGUUCCAAAUGCAAAUCCACCACCACUCAGAGAAUGCAAAGGAAGGCUCAUGCCCACCCAGCAACAGCUGCAGCAAGUGUUCCCCGUCCGUCCACCCACACCACUGUACCCAGCUCUCCUUCUGAGAUAUCCAUCUCUGACACAGCAGCACAGGAGCUCUGUGACCUCAGGAACUACUAUAGCAAACAGCUGAGGAGAAUAAACUACAUUUCCCAUGAGCACUUGGAACAGACCACAGAACCAGGCGUGCUGGCCUGUGUCAGAGAGCCUUUGAAGAGCCUCCACCUGCCCCACAGGUCGACUAUUUCCAAGUCAGCUCGAAGCCUGUGGACACGCAUCAGCGGCAGGAGAAAGCUGGUCCACCGCUGAUGAUGAUACUGUUUGGUUUUUCCCUGUGUACAUAUUACUGUUGGUUGUUAUGUCACUUCAUGUAGGAUUUAAACACAUGCUUUUAGUCUUGCUGGGAAUAAAAGAAAGGAAACACUGGCAUGAAUUCACAAGCAAGCAUAGCAACACAUUUUUGUUUAGUCAGCAUUUGACAGAAGCUGUAAGGAGGAAAAAAUUAAAGAUUUUGUGUUUGAAACUUUAAGAUCAGGUGGAAAUGUUUUUUUUUUUUUUUCCUCAUUUCUAAAAGCCCCCC